AUUUGUAUGACAAUCAAUAGGAUCCUUAGACACAUACAUCAGCGGAUUGUAUGGUUUAGUUACAUCUCUUCCCGGUGUCUGUGUGUUGUUUGAUCAUCAAUUACUUCAUUCAUUACUGCGGCGGCCAUGAAUAUGUCUACACGAACACAACCUCACAAGAACCAAUCCUCCUCAUCAUCGACUUUUCAUUCCAAACCCACCAAGAAAUCGCACUCUGAUCGCCCAAAAUCCAAGUGUGUACCUCGAAACAAGCCUGAUUCUGUCGCCAAAUCGUGUCCUGAGGUGGGUUCUUGUCAAGAACAAAAGGUGGAGGAGGAUUGUGCUGCUUGUGACCAACAAGCUGUGAAAGAGUUUGAGGGUGGUUUGGGUGUGAAGAUGGUUGAUGAUAGUGAUGAAUUUGGUUCCGAGAAGCGGAGUGGCGGUGAGGAUGAGAUUGUGACUAGGCUUGAAGAGUUGUUGUUGGGGAGCACAGAGGUUGAGUUGUCUCGGGAGAUUUGGAGUGUUAAUGAUCAGUUGCAACAAGAUGAGUUAAUUGCUAUGGAAUCGAUUUACGGUGAGAAUUUAGUCAUUUCUGACCAGCAGCGCGGGUUACGGUGUUUUCAGAUAUAUGUUCAUAUUGAGUCCCUAAAGGAUAUUACCAUCUCCACCCAGUUAAAUUCUUCUAGUCAUGUUCAGAUCACAUCUGAUGAUACACCUGAAUUUUCAUACUCUUUUAAAGUUCAGUAUCUUCCACCAAUUGUGUUGACAUGUUUAUUUCCUAGAUCAUAUCCAAGUCAUCUCCCUCCAUAUUAUACAAUGUCAGUUCAGUGGCUGGAUUCUUCUAAAAUUUCUAGUCUUUGCUGCAUGCUGGAUUCAAUUUGGAAUGAGCAACCAGGACAAGAGAUUAUAUACCAAUGGGUAGAAUGGUUACAAAGCUCUUCUCUUCCUUAUCUUGGUUUUGAUGAAGAGGUAAUACUUGGUCCUUAUGACAUAAUACACAUUGGAGACAAGCGAGCAAUUUCAGCAAGUGUCUCACCAGAUGUUGAUAUACCUUCAUUAAAGAGUUACAAUGAUGAGCAGUGCCAUGUGAAUUUUGUCAAGAACUUCCAUGAAUGUCACAUAUGUUACAGUGAAUAUCCAGGUGUAGAUUUUAUCAGAUUGUCAUGCCAUCAUUUCUUCUGCUGGAGAUGUAUGGAAACAUAUGUUAGCAUUACUGCAAAGGAAGGUACAAAGACCAAGGUUUUGUGCCCUGAAGAAAAAUGUGAGGGCGUGCUUCCAUCUGGUUUAUUGAAACGAUUGCUUGGUGAUAAAGAAUUUCAACGUUGGGAGACACUCAUCAUGCAGAAAACACUUGCAUCAAUGUCUGAUGUGGUGUAUUGCCCCAGAUGCGAAACAACCUGCUUUGCCGAUGAAGAUAAUGAUGCACAAUGCUCAAAGUGCUUUUAUAGUUUUUGUUCUCUUUGCAGUGAAAAGCGCCACGUUGGAACUUCUUGCAUGUCCCCUGAAAUGAAGCUCCUCGUUUUGCAGGAGAGACAAAAUUCAACUCAGCUGGGGGGUGAACGAAAGCGUCGUGAGAAAGAAAUGAUAAAUGAGAUUCUUAGUGUCAAAGAAAUUCUCCGUGAUGCCAAGCAAUGUCCAUCUUGUAAGAUGGCAAUCUCACGAACCGAAGGUUGCAACAAGAUGGUGUGCAAUAACUGUGGGAAUUAUUUCUGCUACCGCUGCAACCAGAAGAUCGACGGAUACGACCACUUUAAGGGGGAAUGCGAACUUUUCCCGCAGGAAAUGAUUCAGACCUGGGAACGGGCAAAUGCACGAAUGGCAGAAGGUCAGAUUUUAGCUGGCCUUUUUGGUGCUCAGGGUCAUCCAUGUCCUCUUUGCGGUCAAGUGAAUGCAAAGGUGGGAAACAAUAAUCAUAUCUUCUGCUGGGCAUGCAGAAACCAUUACUGUUAUCUUUGCAAGAAGAUUGUCAAGCGGGGAUCAAAUCAUUAUGGGCCAAAGGGAUGCAAGCAACACACUGAAGGAUAGUCUUCGCAGCCAAACGAUAUAUAGAAAGACAAAGAGGCCAUAGUGUGGGAGUUCUGAUUGACAACAUGUGCCUUAUAUAACUGCAAAUGAGAUGUGGUUAAACUAGUCUGCUCCGAAUCAAAGCUUUGUUUCUAAGUUAUGGUUUACAUCAUUGUAAACAAUUUUUGAUUUAUCCAUCAGUUCCUUAUCAUUUAGUUAAGGACUGGUGUUCUUUUUUGUUCUCAUUAGUAUCAAUCAGGACCUUACAAUCUAUGGUAACAUAUUGUAGACUAGAACAAGACAGUGUUUAAUUCAAUACCAAAAUCUUAUAUAAUAGAGGGUUUCUGAGAA